AUGACCGAAGAUGAAGACAAAUCCGUCAUCGGCGUCUUCGGCAUGGGCGUCAUGGGACAAAACCUCGCCCUGAACGUCGCCUCGAAAAGCUUUAAAGUCUCCUGUUACAACCGAGAGGAUGAAUUUUCGAUGCGGUUGUUCGAAGCGUUGGAGAUUGCAAAGAGGGACAUUUCAAACGGAGACGAUGUACUGCGAGUGUUUAAGGAUUUACAAAUGUUCGUGGAGAGUUUGAAGAAACCAAGGCGAAUACUGUUAUCUAUUCCAGCCGGGAAACCAGUGGAGAUGACUUUAGAACUCUUAAAACCGUUGUUAGAAUCGGACGACGUGAUCAUCGACGGCGGGAACGAGCACUUUUUGGAAACUCGGAGACGCGAACAGAUGUGCGCCGUCGAUUGGUUUGCGGAGUGCGGGAAGAAAAUUCAUUUCGUCGGCAUGGGCAUUUCCGGCGGCGCGGAAGGCGCGAGACACGGGCCAGCGCUCAUGCCCGGAGGCUCAGAAUUCGCGUACAACAGUUUAAAGCCAAUGUUGGAAGCGAUGAGCGCGAAAGCUGGGGAGAAGAACGACGAGCCGUGCGUCACGAGAUGCGGGCCGGACGGGUGCGGGCACUACGUGAAAAUGGUGCAUAACGGCAUCGAAUACGCGGACAUGCAAUUUAUCGCGGAAUCGGUGGUUUUGUUGAGAGACGUGUUAGGUUUUGAUAACGAAAAACAAUCCAUUGCGUUAAAAGAGUGGAACAAUGGGGAUUUGGAAUCGUUUUUGAUCGAUAUCACCGCCAAGUGUUUGAAGAAGAAGGAUGACGACGGCGACGACGAUUCGUACUUAGCGAACAAAGUGUUAGAUAAAGCCGGAUCGAAAGGAACCGGGAAGUGGACCGUACAGUUAGCCGCGGACGCUGGUAUUGCUAUUCCGUGUUGUUCGGCCGCGUUGGAGGCGAGGUAUAUCUCCGCCGCCAUCGACGACCGAGCGAAGUGUUCGGAGAUGUACUCGAACAACACCGAAGACUUAGUAUUAGAAUCUUCUAAAACCUCCUCCUCCUCCUCAACAACAACGACAACUCUGAAUGCAGAGACUUUAGGCAAAGCUUUAUAUUGCGCGAAAAUUAUCGCCUACGCGCAAGGUUUAUCCCUCAUUAAAUCCGCCGGGAACGAUUACGGGUGGUCCGAGGAUUUAAACAUUGCAAACAUUUGUAAAGUGUGGCGCGGCGGGUGCAUCAUACGCGCCAAACUGCUCGAAACCAUCGUCCGGGCGUUUACCAAAGAACCGUCGUUAUCCAACUUACUCUUAGAUUCGGAAAUUAGUUCGAUCGUGAAGAGCAGAGUCGGUGAUUUGCGCAAAGUGGUCGUCGAAUCCGCGCAAAGAGGCAUCGCCUCGCCGGCGCUGAUGAACGCGUUGAGUUACUACGAUAACAUGAAAACGAAACGAGGGAGCGCGUACAUCAUUCAAGCGCAACGGGACGCGUUCGGAGCGCACACGUUCGAGAGAGUCGAUAAGGAAGGGAAGUUUCACGCCGAUUGGUGGUAG